UUCUCCUCAUUUCUUCGAUUUCUCCUUCUCUCUCUUUCUCUCUCCUCUUCUCCGGCGACCGAUCUUCUUCCGGUCAAGUUUUUGCCGGCAGGUCCUCUCAUCGCAUCGAUCUCUCCUCGUAUACUUAACUUCGCCAUCUAAUUAGCCAUGAAUCCGGAAUACGACUAUUUGUUUAAGCUUCUGCUUAUCGGAGACUCCGGAGUUGGAAAAUCUUGUCUUCUACUGAGGUUUGCUGAUGAUUCAUAUCUGGAUAGCUACAUUAGCACCAUUGGAGUUGACUUUAAAAUCCGUACUGUGGAACAAGAUGGAAAGACAAUUAAACUUCAAAUUUGGGACACUGCCGGUCAAGAACGUUUUAGAACAAUUACUAGCAGCUACUACCGUGGAGCUCAUGGAAUAAUUGUCGUGUAUGACGUUACAGAUCAGGAGAGCUUCAAUAAUGUUAAGCAAUGGUUGAAUGAAAUAGACCGAUAUGCAAGUGAAAAUGUGAACAAGCUUCUGGUUGGUAAUAAAUGUGAUCUCACUGCAAAUAAGGUCGUUUCUUAUGAGACAGCCAAGGCUUUUGCGGAUGAAAUUGGGAUUCCAUUCAUGGAAACAAGUGCUAAAAGUGCCACCAAUGUGGAAGAGGCUUUCAUGGCCAUGGCUGCUGAAAUAAAGAACAGGAUGGCAACACAACCGAUGAACAAUGCAAGGCCACCGACAGUGAAUAUUCGAGGACAACCUGUGAAUCAGAAAUCUGGUUGCUGCUCCUCUUAAAGAUGCAUGCCUCUUAUUGAAUGGUUGACUGAUGGUGAUGGUGAUUAUGUAUGGACCAUGACAUGUAAAACUAGUCGUCUCUCUCCCUAUCUCUAUUGCUUUUCGUAUGGAAAGAUUCGUCCGUCAUGAUUUGCCUUUUAUUCUCUCGGACUUUUGUCGUCAGAACUUUGUUAACUCUACCAUUCUUUCCAAUAUAUUUGUUUCUGGAUCAACAUUAUUCAGUUGUAAAAUUUAGAUAUCAAUGAACAGUAGAGUAUUUGCAUCA